CAACUUGGCUCGGCUCCAUCGGACGGAAGUGUGUGCGUGCGAAGCGUGUUUGUCGAGUCCCGGAGGCAGACGGGGUCAAAGUUGAGCGGGUCGGAGCCUCACCGUGGUGAGAAAAGUCACAAAGGCGCUCGACGACUUCACUUCCAAGCGCCUCCCGGUCUCCGUGACAACCCGACGUGUGUUUGUGUGUUAGCGCUCAUCAAAUGUUCAUCCUUCAGCUGUCUGAAAGCGACCCCGCUUCAAUUCAGCAGUUGAGGCGACCUUUGACUUCCCAAAGUGAACAUUUGGACGUGGCAGAAUUUAUUUCAUUUUGCAGUCACAUUUUACCUUCGGGACUGCACGUGGCCCCGCUGCGACGCGGGUGGGGGUUUCGUUGCGCUUUCUGUCAACUUCCCCGCGACUCGUCGCAGCUUCAACUCGGGUUGGGUUGCGAGCGCCUCGUUGAGGCAAACGUGACCUCGGGGAAACCCGCGACGCCGUUUUGUCUUUCGUCUUUGGCGUCGGUCGGGUUUGUCGGGACGGAAGUCCGCAAGUGAAUUGCAAACAUGCGCAAGUCCACUUUGAGAAAUACGCAAGACUGUUGUCCUGGUUGCGUCUGAGAAAAUGUGCAACCAGAUUGAAAUUGAGGCCGGUUGAAAAUUUGUUUCUCACGGUGGACUUGGACCAAGUCUCCAUGCUCGACUUGAGGUUGUCCAAAGUUUGAGUUCCGAGUGGGUUGUACGCGCCCACCGCGAGAUGGCGCCGCGACGCCGAUUGGCAUGUUGAUGGGAAAGAAGGGCAAAACAUUAGGUACGGUGUUCUUUCCUGCACUUUCUCCCGCAUGUUUCUGUACAGCACACGGCAGUCGAGCGCACUUGUUCUUGAGGAAUUAAAAAAAAAAAAGGGGGUGGAUUGCAUUCACAUCUAUUUGAACGGGGAAAGGUGCCUCGAGGUCCGAACGUUAUCCCAGAACUCGUUGAAGACGUCCUCCAAAGCACUCCUACCGUAUAUGCAGUUAAAUUCAAGAGAAGUUGAAUGCGUGGCGCUUCAAAAACGUCUGAUUGGCAAAAGGACAUGCGCCUGUCUGGAUCACGUCCCAAAGUUGCCGCCGCUGCUUCUUUUUCCUUCGGGCUUGUUCCUCCCGUCCGGGGUCGUCACAGCGCGUCAGUCUCAUCUCCCGCAUCUUCCUCUUUUGGUCUUGCUCUCGCUUUUGCCCGGCAGCUCCAUUCUCAGCCUCUCUCGCCUCUGGACUCGCCCCAAACCAUCCGAGUCGGCUCCCUCGGACCUCGUCCCCAAAACAUCCAACUCGGGCUGUCCCUCUCAGGAGCUCAUUUCUGUUACUUGGCUUCAGCGACGGAGCCUCGCCCGGCUAACACCUGGCGAAAGGCAGACUGCGCCCUGAACCGGUCGCCGGUCCGUCACGGAGCACAUAGCGACAGCGUCACUGAACGGGAAACCUCGCACGGUGCCCGCAUCAACGUUAAACUCUGCGCGAGAGCGUGACGAAGACUGGAGCAAAGUUAGGAAUUGAAAAUAUUUUGGGGCCUGACCUUCCUUCCCACCGGUCACAAUCUGCUCUCACGUCACCUCCGACAUGAAUUUCGGCGGCCCGAGUUUGCUGUUUGCCACCUGCGGCUCCGCAGUCGGAGGGAUUCGAACCGUCGAACUCGAGCGUCUCACAACUUCCACAUUGACACUCGAGUGAGGUGCGAAGAAAGUGGGCACGCAAAGGGUUAAGUUUGGGGGGGUGGGCGGACCUGGCUGCCCCGCCCCUCUGCAACUUUAUACACUCACUCACUCGGGAGUGGAAAGCAGAGGCGCACCUGCAAAAGUGAUCAAAUCUCCAAUUGAUUGAUGGCCGCGUGAGCUCAUCAUGGGGGUCCCGCUGCCGCUGCUGCUGCUGACGUCACAGGUCAGUCUCGUCGUGGACCGGAACCAAAAGGUGCAUGAAUUGGAGCAUUUAAGCGGUUCUCCUUUCUGUUACUAGGGAGGCAAAAAAAAAAAAAUUGCUAGUUGUGUGCUCCGAGUACUACGAUUCAAAUUCCAUUUCCUGCUCAAAAAUGGCGUCAGUAGCCUGACCCGAGUACCGUCAUGUUACGACAAUGUAACUUGAUUACUCUGAAUUCCUCCUGCUGAAAACCGUGAAGGCAAAACUUUUCACCGACGUCCCCGCGCAAUCUAGUCAGCUACGUAUCUUUGCGCUUGUCACUUUUGAAAUGAGCUGAUGUCACUUUGAAGUGUACUGCAAGGCUGUGGCAUUUUAUCUUCAUUUUUAACAAUCACUACAAUUUUUCUUCAGCAUUUAGUUGUGAUAUUGUUGCCCAUUUUCUUUCUCUUCCCAUAUUUAAGCGUCACGUGAAUGUUGAAAGUGCAUCCUGUUCAGAAUGGGCUUGGCUGUAUCUUCUUCUUAUUUGAUUAUGACGAUUACGAUUGGCGGCACGGUGGCUCAGCUGGAAAGCGUCGGCCUCACGGUUCUGAGGUCCCGGGGUCAAUCCCGGCCCCGCCUGUGUGGAGUUUGCACGUUCUCCCCGUGCCUGCGUGGGGUUUCCUCCGGGCACUCCGGUUUCCUCCCACAUUCCAAAAAUCACCCAACAUCAAUUGGAGACUCUAAAUUGCCCCCCAGGUGUGAUUGUGUGUGCGGCGGUUGUUUGUCUCUAUGUGCCCUGCGAUUGGCUGGCGACCAGUUCAGGGUGUACCCCGCCUCCUGCCCCUUGACAGCUGGGAUAGGCUCCAGCACUACCGUGACCCUCAUAAGGAUAAGCGGCUAAGAACAUGGAUGGAUGCUUAUUAUUACUCUUUUCCUUCGGGAUUGUCCCAUCCAGCGUGUCCUCUUUUUCCUGCAUCACUUUUUUUUCUCCAUUGGUGUAUUCGAUGAGCAUCAGUCAGUUCCCGAAUCACGUCAGCCAAAGGCAACCGACCGAGGCUCCCUGUAGGGGGCAGCACGCCUCCGCGCGGCGUCGGACCGGCCACCGGAGGGAGCGCGUGACGAUGUCUCGCUGUUGCAGGUGUUUGCCGUUAGCGGGUGGUCACGCCACCGCGUUAGCAAGCGCUACGCCAUCAACCCGCUGGGGCACAAGUGGACGCACCGAAACAUCACGUACAGGUGGCGCUAGCGGGCUGGAGUCGUUUCCAAACACGCUGAGCGCCGACGCCACCAGGAAGGCGCUGGGCGCGGCCUUCGCUAAAUGGAGCGACGUGUCGCCGCUCAGCUUCACCGAAGUGCUCGGACGCCACGCGGACAUCAGCAUCGGUACCCAGGAAGUCCCCGAAUGCGUGUGUGCCAGUUUCUACGCGUUCAACCACUCGGACUGCCAAACGUCGCCUCUGCAUCCGUGUUUCGACGGCGUCAAUGGUGAGCUGGCUCACGCGUUCCUCCCGCCGCGCGGCGAAAUCCACUUCGACGACCACGAGCUGUGGAUCGUCGGGAGGUCAAGGUUCAGCUGGAAACGAGGCGUGUGGCUCAACGACCUUGUCCAGGUGGCGGCUCACGAGAUCGGCCACGCGCUGGGCUUGUGGCACUCGGGCGACCCGCGGGCCCUCAUGCACCCCAACGCCACCUUCACGGGCCAGCGCGACGUCGGCCGCGACGACGUCGCCGGCAUUCGGCGGCUCUACGGCUGCGGGGACCAGAAGCGAGCGUGCGCGUCGUGGGCCCGCUCGGGUUUGUGCGAGCGUCGCAAGCCGUUCAUGACCAAGAAGUGCCCGCGCAGCUGCCAGCUGUGCUUCGAGCCCCCGGAGGCCGCGGCUACGCCGACGCCGCCCGCCAACGUCCGAGUGAAGGUGGUCCCGCGGGGGAAGGUGGUGGGCUUCCGUUGCGGAACCAAGAACCCGCGAGCAUCGCCGAGAGUCAGCUGGUACAAAGACGGCGAGCGCAUCGCCGCGUCUGUCCCGGGCCACAUCGCGCUUAAAGGUCGCGACCUCCGCAUCGUGGCCAACGAGUUCAACGAGGGCGUGUACACCUGCCGCCUCCAUCGCCUCGGCAAGGCCGCGGCCACCAACUCCUGGCGCGUCCGACUCCGGACCGAGGACGACCACGACGUCGUCGUCGCCGCUCGUUCGGUCUCAAGGUGACUGAUUUGACGACGCUCCAAGGGGAGAAAACAUUUUAGCUGAGCAAAAAUGAAAACACUUUUUCUUUUUCUUGGAAUCAUUCAAUGUUGUUUCCAAUUAAACUAAUCAG